UAGUACUGACGUCACCUGUCCGAAGAUAGCGUGUUGUCGCGAGGGUACUCCGGUCUAUAGUCGCUUUACAGCACUUAAGUAAUUAAGGCUUAAGUUACAACCUACGCUCGGCAAUGUUACUUUAAAUCGGCAUUUAGAUCAAAGAAACGAAUUAUCGUUUGUGUGCAGUGUGUUUGUUGUAUUGUUAGUGUUUGCAGUGAUCGCUAUGAUAUUUGGAUCAAAGGAUAAAAAUGCGUCCAAAGAUUUCGUCGAGGAUAUUAAGGCUGACCUAAGACAGCAGCAACUGCGCAGCACCGGCUGCAGCCGUCAGGUCAGGCGCUCGCGCAGCGACCUGGGCGGCCAGCGGCUGCUCGGCUGGGAGCAGCGACAGGCGGCGCGCCGCCUACUGCGCGGCAUGGCGGCGAGUCCGCGCAAGCGCCCGCCCGACUCGGACCGCUUCGGGAUGGUGAUGCUGCGCAAACACGACCACGGAGCGCCGCCGCGCAGGCCCGCGCUGAGGCGGUCGCUCAGCCAGCCGAUCGAUAUCGAUAAGUUGUCGCCGCUGCUGGAUGAAAAGGAUAUCGCAAUUCCAGAUCGCCCAGUAGCAGUGAGCGAAGACGAGCACGAGAACCGCGCCGUCGGCCACACCUCCGACGACGACACCACCUCCGAUUCUGACGUGUCGUCCAUCGCCUCCUUUAGCGGCCGCAAGAAAUCCCUGGAACUGGCCGGUACCGACGAGAACCUGGUCGUUCUAGCCGAGGCCGUUUUCCACCACAUAGCCCUCGAGCCGGAAUUGCUGGCCUUCAGGGCGGGCGACGUGGUGGAGGUGGAAGACAUGGAUGACCGCGACUGGUGGUGGGGCUCGACGGGGAACAAGACCGGGUGGUUCCCGGCGCAGUUCGUGCGGCUGCGCGUCAGCCAGGAGGACACGGUGGAGGACUGUCUGGCGGCGAUCGCGGCAGGGGGAGGCGCUUCCGCGCAGAUCAGGCGGAGGACCAGCGUGUCGUUACUGUCCAACGAUCAGGUUCGUACGAGUGUUGUUCGUGAGCUAGUCCACACCGAACGCGACUUCGUCAAAGUACUGCAAGACGUGGCGGAGGGCUACCUUUCGGAGUGCCGUAAAAGAGAGGACAUGUUCGACGAGGAGCGAAUCUCGACAAUUUUCAUAAACUUGGAGGGCAUAUUGAGGUUCCAGAAAGGUUUUCUAAGGGACCUGGAGGCGUGCGUGGAUUGGGAGGCGCCGCACCGGAGCUGCGUGGGGGAUUGCUUUCUCAAACACAGCGCUGGUUUUAAGAUGUACUCAGAUUAUUGCAAUAGCCAUCCCAUGGCGACAGCCGCUUUACAAGAACUCUACCAAUACAACAACUACAGCAAAUUCUUCGAGGCUUGCCGACUGAUGCGCGGACUCAUCGAAAUACCCUUGGACGGCUACUUGUUGACCCCGGUUCAGAGGAUAUGCAAGUACCCGCUUCAGCUGGCCGAACUUCUCAAGUAUACGAGAACCGAUCACGAGGAUUUUGCUAAUAUCAAGGAGGCUUUGGAAGUGAUGAGGGGCGUGGCCAUGUUGAUCAACGAGAGGAAGAGGCGAAUGGAGAGUUUGGAGAAGUUGGCGGGGUGGCAACAGCGCGUCGAAGGUUGGGAGGGAGAAGAUUUAAUCGAAUUAAGUUCACAGCUUAUCUAUCAAGGAGAAGUAGUCAGAGUAACCUCGGGAAUGUGGACCAAUAACAUCACGCUCUUCUUGUUUGAUCAUCAGAUUGUAUAUUGUAAAAAGGAUAUUCUUAAGAGGAACACUUACGUGUACAAAGGAAGGAUCUACCUAGAUACUUGCGAAAUUAUUGAUGUACCUGAUGGAAAAGAUUCCAACCUGGGUGUGAGCGUUCGACACGCCAUCAAACUGCUCAACCUGACUCGAGAUAAAUGGCUAAUGUUCUGUUGUCGAUCAGCUAAAGACAAACAGCGAUGGUUGGACGCCUUCUCCGAGGAGCGAAAGCUGGUGGUAAAAGACCGCGUUGACGGCUUGGAACUGCCACAGACCGAUCGCCAUCUUGCCAGAGCUGCAGCUAGUCGACAGAAACGACCACCAAGGACACUAAGACAAAAUAAGAAAUUCAAACAUCAAUCCAGCUACAUCGGCUCCUCGAUGCUGCAGCUGAACACUACCUCCUCGAAUUCGCUGCUGGGCAGGAAAAUGGGCAACUGGUUCAGCUUCGGCGGCGGCAAGAAAUCGCGACACCACGACGUUCCCUGAGACCGGUCGCGCGCUCUUUUGGAUCGUCCUGUAUAUAAUUUGACGUGCUGAAACGUAGGGUGCUCUACCGUUGGAUGUGUCCGUUGUACAGAGAUUGUUAUCUAUUAAAGCCGGUGCCAAAAAUUUAAAGAUAAAUUAAGUGAUUCGUCGAUAUCCGGAAGUAUACUUAAAAACGGGUGUGUGGUGGUAUAUCGAAGUAUCCGAAGAAUACGAAAGCAUUAGGAGACAUAUCACUAGAAGAACUCUGUAAAAAUUCCCCCUCGAAAAAUCGAUCGAAAAAAGUGCAUAUUUAUUGUUGUAAAAUUAUUUCCUUUUCAGUUCGAUCUCUAAAUAUACCUUUUUUUGACAAAAUACUAACAAAUGUUAGUAAAACUAUAUUAAAGACACUAAUGACAGAUUCCUGUCCUUUUAACCACAGAUAAAGGAAACAAGUUUAGAUUAGAAUGCGCGGCUUGCCGCCAAAACUUAUAAUAAUUGAUUUGGAGCG